ACCGUGGCCGGACUCUUCCCUCGCCCGUCACCAGUAUCAUGUGCUUUCUCCCCAAGAGGUCAGACUCUUUGCGAAUCAAGAGUGUGUGGGGGAGGGGCUUAGUGAGUCAAGAGGCGAAGUGUUUAGUGAGUUAAGGAGUGGAGCGCUUAUAGUGAGUCAAGAGGAGCGUUUAACAAGUCAAGAGGUGGAUGCCUCUUAUGAGGCAUAUGGAAAAUAGGAGGUGGGCAUGAUGCCUGGUUGGGUCGUGUUUAUUCCCAUAAUAUUGGUAUACUGCUCGGUGGUGGCGACGUGGGUCAUACGCAGGGUGGCCAGGCUCGAGCCCCUCCCAGGCACGCUGCACCAGCCACAGCCCUCACACUAUACUAACCUCCAGCCUCAAGACCAAGUCUACUGCAGCGACCACCAUCACCAUCACCACGCCAAGGAGAAGACAGAGUAAAGCCUUUCAUCACUACUAACACGCACAACAUUCCAAAGUAACCAACUGGUAUCAUAUGUUGCCAGUUGCAGCCCAGACAGUUAAGAUACGUUGCGCAUCUUCUGACGGCGUUCCCAACUAAAGGAAGUGAAAUUAGUGAAUUUUAGUAAAGACAUCAAGAGGUGGCAAGCGUGCAAGAGGAGAGAGGCGCAUCACAGCCUUCACAACCUGGCGAUAACGACAAGGGACCAUGUCUCAGGAGAGAGUGUCGUCCCUCCUGAGACGCUACGACCUCUCUGUGGAGACGCUGGACUACCAGUACGUGGAGGAGUGUCAAGACCCCCGCACCUUGGAGAGCAUCCUAAGAGUGCUACGAUCUGGCGAGGAGGGAUCUUAUCCUCAUCUUCUCAGGUACACGGAGCAGCGUCUAGCCACGGUGCACCCCGGGAGCCGUGUCCUGCACCCCACCAGUCAACCCGUGCGCCCGCAGCACCUCUCCUCACAACAGUUAGCGUCCCUGGAGGCAGAGAUGGCGGCGUGGGCGAGUGAGAUCAGAGCGCAGGAGGAGGAACUCAUUAGGCUACAGUUUAUCAGGGCUCCUCUCCCUCCCGUCAGGGGCUCUGUGACAACAGAAGGUGCGGCUGUGGGCGGCGGGGAGGCCAGUAUGAAGACAGCAGCGCUCUCCACCGUCCACGUGGAGAACCUUCUGACUCAAGGGCGACUUCACUACCAGGCAGGCGACAACCUGCAGGCGUCGCUGUGCUACCAGAAGGUUUUGGCUAGCGACCCCCUAAAUACAGAUGCCCUCCGGGGCCUAGCGGCCCUUCAAGAACGGCCCAGAGUUGGGGAACCUCUGGUCCAGGAGAUAUCGUAGCUGCAUCGCUGGAAUCAUUCCGUUGGUAACCUCCUGAGGGUUCCCUGAUGCCGUGAUAUUUAGAGUAAGAUUUCGUAUAUGUGCAACUUGUUCUACUGUGUAAUGUCUGCACCAGUACCAGAACAAGGUGGUCCACUUGGAGUUUGGCCUCUGCGAACUAACCGCCGAUAGGGGGUUUAGUCUGUAAAGCAAAAUGAUAUAGUUGCUCCUCUCUUUGCUCUCAAACCAUCCUCACAAAAUACGAGUAUUUACAACAACUGUUGGUUGAACGUACAAAAAUAAACUUGUACCCAAAAAGUUCGUUUUUUUACUAUUGUAAUACUACAAAUGCAGGCCACACAAGUGGACAAGUAACUUAUUCACCUGUCCUGAGCCUAAAAAUAUAAGCUAAAUAAGCAAUGUUGGUUUCCCCUAUACCGUUUUGAGGUCGAAAUUAUAAGAAUUUUUCUAAUUUAUCAAAAUAAGAACAAAAUAUUCCUUACGAUGCUUUUGGAAUUCCACAACUAAAAAUAUAUCUCAUAUAUUUAAAUAAGUAUGACAUUUGUCUUGUGCAGUUUACAGCGACCAAAGUUAAACAAUGGAUCUUUUAUAAUAACUAAACCACAGUUCAGAAGGUGGAGAAGCCACAAAGUUUCAGUCCCUCCUGGACCAUUAUCAAGUCGUGUGAUGAUGAUAAUAAUAAUAAUGGUCCAGGAUAAUGGAUCCAUCCUGAAUAAUGGUCGGGGACGGACCGAAACGUCGUCGCUUCUCCAUCUUCUGAGCUAGAGUUUGGUCAUCAUUUCUUCAGCCACGUUAUUGUGACUCAUCGUCUGCAAUGGCUGUUUUAGGCUGAACUUUUGUUGCUAAGUGUGGCGACAAUUAUAGAUGUACAAUUAUUGUAAUAAAACCUAUACACGUAUCUACGUAUUAGGCACAUGUAAGUCAACAAUACAGCAUGUAUCAUUACUGGCAUAAACACAGAUUUAUUUAUUUAUUUUACUUAUAUAUAUACAAGAAGGUACUUUGGGUCUGUGAGAGUAUGAUGUGUUUACAUUCUUGUAAAGACACUAGUACGCACAGCGUUUCGGGCAGAUCCUUCAUCUAAUAGAUAAUAUUAAGAAGGUAAAUUCUUGCAAAAUUUAUAAAAUGUUAACAGGUACACUGUAGGAAAAAUUUGAGAGAGAUUAAUAUAUUACAUUGAUAUUUAUAUAGAUUACAGCACAUUGAUAGCUUUGAUUGAUAGCACUGAUAACUUGAUUGAUAAUUUGACAAAGAUUAGUAGGCACAAUAAAGCCAUUUGAUAGCAUAUAUAAGAUUACAGCAAUGAUUACAAUGAUAAAGUUGUAUGGCUUAGGUACAUAUAUAUUGGGGGAUUGGGUAGAACAAGACACAAUGCGAGUUUAGAGCACUAGGUAAGAAACUAUGAAGAUGAAAAUAGGUAAUUUUUGUUUUUGAAUAAGGUAAAAGUUGGACAGCUUUUCAAUACGUUAGGGAGUGAGUUCCAUUGACUAGGUCCCUUUAUUUGCAUAGAGUGUUUACACAGAUGUUGCGUACAGUGCAUGAUGUAGACCAACCGUUAAAAUGUUCUUUAUAUUCACCUAUGUUAAGGGUGAAUAUAUUAUGACUCGCUCUGAUGUAAAAUUUGUUGGAUUAAACACAUUAAACUGUGACUAUCCUAUA